AUGCGCGGCCGAUCGAAGGGAGUAGCACUGUCGUCGUUCCGGUACUGGCUACGAGCUAAUGAGCCGGUGGGAGCUGAUUGGAGCGCCCAUCCUCCAAAAUGUGGCUACAGCACAGGCGCUCUGCCAGAUGCAUAUAGCAACAACUGGCGGCAGGAGGCGUCUUCAGAACUUCGCAAUGUCCAGAAAGAAUUUCAAGCGUUUCCUGAAAGCCAAUUCGAGGUGGUGAAAGACGUCGAUGGUGCAAGCUUCCUGAGGCUUCCCCAGUUUCUAUGUGAUGAGUGGGGCUACGGUACCGCAGACUGCGAGCCUUUGCUGCUCAAGCGAGAUUGCUACGACGUACUCUGCAGCAAAAUCGAUGGAUUUUUCAAGACCCCGAGGGCCAAGUCUGUCGUUGUCCUUGGCAACCCUGGGAUUGGUAAAUCAGCCUACUGCGUUUACCUUCUAUGGCACCUGGUCCAAGGUAAUGCGGAGUGGAGCAUGAUCAUCCUCAAGUACGCUGAAGGCUCAGGUCUCUUCUUUGUUUUCACAAAAGACGGGCAGGGAAAUACUGUAGUCAACCUGAACCGUGACUCAGAUGCUGUCCGUCGGCUGGUGAAGCAGCACAGGGGGAGAGUGUGGUAUUUGGCGGACAAGCGUGUCCCAAUGGUUCACUGGACCUUACCUGGUCACUGCCAUUUCGUUCUGACCUGCUCUCCUGCCAAGGAGAACCAUUUCCAGUUCAGCAAAUAUCCUGUCACGGCGACGUACUACCUUCCCGUAUGGUCCAAGGAGGAGAUCAUGCAGCUGAACAAGGCCGUUUUCAAGCUGCCUGACCAAGACGUGCAUGAAGCCUUCAAACUGUGGGGAGGGAUUCCGAGACACGUCCUUGCAAAUCGAUCGAGAUCGAGCGACAUCCUUUUGUAUUUUGCCAUCAAGUCGGAAGCAAGACAAAUGGUCGUAGACGUUCCUGGCAACAAUGAGUCGAUAGAGAAGGAAGAAGAUUACCUCCAGGUCUACCAUUACGACGUGGACGUAACCAGCUGCGAGCUACAUGAUGUAUUUGCACCGCUGAAGUUUGCAUCUGACUUUGUGGCGGCAGGGGUGGCCAGACUGUUGCGGCCAUCACUAAUUGAUAAUAUAGCUGGAGGACAUGCUUCAGAAAAAUUGCGAGCCUCUCUGUUUGAUGCCUUCUUCCAUUGUCUGCUGGAGCGGAAUAUUUCUGUGAGCAGCAAGGAAAUGGAUGAGCAAGGGAAAUGGGGUCCUCUUCUCAACGAAGAUCUUCCGUUGGUGCGGUUCGAGUUUGCACCGAAGUCGGUUGGAAACAAUGCGGUCCUGCCAUCGUUUAUAUUGGACUGCACUGUCGUCAGGCCCGAGUCCAGGAGCAACAGGAGCUGGGAUCUUAUAUUAGGCCGAAGGGUUCUUCAAGCAACUGUGACAAGCCGUCGAGACGGCAAGAAGCUCGAGGUCACCGAAGGGCUUGUUGAAGCCUUGAGUUUCCUGAGACGAUGCUACGGUGAUGGUACGAAGCUGGAGCUCAUAUACUUCGUUCCUAGGAAAAUGUUCGAGUCGUUUACUCCCACGCUGCCUGGAGGCGUUAAUGCCGUUUCGAGAGCCGAGGCUGUUAAAAGGUUCACGACCAAGCUGAACGUCAAAGUGAAAAAGAUGUGCCUGCGUGUGGACCAGUCUCUUGCAGAUGUUGCGACUUUGAAAGCUUUCAACUUACCCAACCUGUGA